AGCAGCUGCUUCUUCAGCUCGAGACACAGAGUCAGUAACACACUGUUCAUCUCUGCCUCCAGACCAGAGAAGAUGACCAGCACGAGUCAGGAGCUCAGAUAUCUCAGUAAAGAGGAGGCGGUUGCCAUGGAGACGGAGUUGCUAAGGGAUUAUGGUUUCCGACGGCAACAGCUGACGGAGAUGCUGGGACACGCGUGUGCGGCCGCCAUCGCAAAGGUGUUCCCGCUGGCGUCUCUGCAGAAGCGGCAGCCGACGGUUCUGGUGGCCUGCGGUCCGGAUCAGAACGGCUGCGUGGGUCUGGCCUGCGCUCGUCAUCUGCGUGUGUUUGAAUACAUCCCCACCGUCUUCAUCCCCAAACGCUCCUCAGACGCUCUUCAUCAGGACCUGACGCUUCAGUGUGAGCGGAUGGACCUGCCGUUCCUGUCCUACCUGCCCACUGAGGUGCAGCUGAUCAAUGACGCGUAUAACCUGGUCGUGGACGCGGUUCUGGGUCCAGAAACUGAUCUGGCGUCAGUCGGAGAGCCGUUCACCGGAGUCUUGCAGACGCUGCGAGGACUCAAAGUGCCCAUCGUCAGCCUGGACGUCCCGUCAGGCUGGGACGCAGACGAGUCCAGCUCAGACCGGAUCAGUCCUGCGCUUCUGGUUUCUCUGAUGACGCCGAAGCGAUGCACCCUGAGCUUCUCGGGAUCGCACUUCCUGGCCGGACGCUUCCUGCCCUUUGACCUUCAGAGGAAGUACGAGCUGAACCUGCCCAAGUUCCCCGGGACGGACGAUGUGGUCCAGCUGUGAUCCAGUGUUUAUCCGUGUCUUAGUUUAAUUCAACAGAAGACGGGAAUCAUGUGAACGUUUGAUCAAUGCUCUUCCAAAAUACAAAUGGUUAUCAUUUACUCUCUCCACUUGUUCCAAAUCUGUACGAGUUUCUUUCUUCUGUUAAACACAAAGAUAUUGUGAAAAAUGUUGGUAUUCAAAUAGUUGAUGAGCAGCAUUGACUUCCACAGUAUUUUCUCCCUACUAGCCAAGUCACUUUUAUUUAUAUAGCGCUUUAUACAAUUCUGAUUGUGUCCAAGCAGCUUUACUGACAAACUAUUGCUGACUCUGUAACGAGAGAACGACGACGAGUCAAAAAAAAAAAAAAAAAAAAAAAGUAACCCAAUAUU